CUAACCUGCUACCACCUCUCUCUCUCUCUCACUUCUUUCUCUCUCUACAAUCUCUUCCACCAGAAGCAAAGCGAUGGACGCCGACGGAAAUUCCGAAGAGCCAUCGCGGUUGGUCCUCGUCCGCUUCAAAACGGACCUCGGCCACCCCUACAAAGUUCCAGAAUCCUCCAUUUCCAUCCCCGCCAGUCUCACCCGCUUCGGCCUCUCCACCGUCGUCAACAACCUCAUUACAUCAGGAAACCCUGAUUGGGAAUCGGAGCCUUUCGAUUUCCUUAUCAAGCAUGAGCUGGUUCGGAUGUCGAUUGAAAAGUUCCUUGUUGCCAAGAACAUUUCCGCGGAGAGGAUAUUGGAGAUCGAAUAUAUACGGGCUGUGGUCCCACGGAAAGAAGAAGAACCUUCUUUACACAAUGAAUGGGUUAGUGCAGUUGAUGGUUCUAGUCCCAGGUUCUUUUUGACAGGCUGCUAUGAUGGCUUGGGAAGGGUGUGGAAAGCCCCUGGAGCAUGUACACAUAUACUGGAAGGACACAGUGGACCCGUUACUUCAGUUAGUAUAAUCAAUCCAAAAGGUGGAGAAAGUGUUACCGUAGCUACUGCUUCGAAAGAUCGGACACUGAGGCUGUGGAAGUUCAAUGCAGAAGAGACCCGAAAAAAUCCUUUGAGGAUAAGAGCAUUCAAAAUUUUACAUGGACAUACAGCAGCUGUUCAAAGUGUUGCUGCUCAGACCUCUGGAAACAUGGUCUGUUCAGGCUCUUGGGAUUCCACUAUCAAUUUAUGGCAGACAAAUGAGCCUGAUGCAGAAGGUGAUACUGUGUCAACAAAGAAGAGAAAAAAGACUGGUCAAGAAAAGGAAUUGCAGUUGGAGGGAGAGGCUGUUUCUUCUCUAGUAGGUCAUACACAAUGCGUAUCUUCCGUAAAGUGGCCAGAGCCUAAAACAAUCUAUUCUGCAUCAUGGGACCAUUCUAUUAAAGAGUGGAAUGUCGAGAGAGGCACAGCCACGUCGACAAUAUACCAUGAUAAAGUACUCAACUGCAUUGAUAUUGGAGGUGAAGGAUCUGCUUUGAUUGCUGCUGGUGGUUCUGACCCCAUUGUUAGGGUAUGGGAUCCUCGUAAACCAGGAACCUCUGCUUCUAUCAAAACUUUCUCAUCUCACACUUCUUGGGUUACGGCGUGCAAGUGGCAUGACAAGUCUCCGUUUCAUUUAGUCUCUGCAUCUCAUGAUGGAAAAGUUAUGCUGUGGGAUACGAGAACUGCUUGGCCCUUGUUUAUCUUUGAUUCACACAAGGACAAGGCGCUAUGCGCCGACUGGUGGAAAGGUGAUACUGUGCUUAGUGGUGGUGCAGAUUUCAAGCUUUGCAUGACGUCCGGGGUUUCUGUCCCUCCCAACUAUCAAAGCACAGAAAGUUACUACGCUCAUUAGAGGAACAAGAUAACAUAUAUCUAUCAGUUCUAUGCCUUUUCUUUGUUCAUCUGGGUGCAUAUUUGCGUUAAUUUGUGCUUUUUCUGGGCUAUAAUUUCGGUACUUUUGCCUUUGUUUCCCAGCUAUAAGCAGAAGAGUGAUUUGAAGGCGGAAGGACUUUUGCAUAGUUUGGCACGUCGUUGGAGCUCUCUCUACAUUUUUCAUGAUCUUCUGGAAAUUGGUAGUGAGAAUGGGCCGUCUUAAGUAUUGUGUCCGGUGGGGAGGUUUGACCGGGAUUUUUGGUGCUCGGUUGUAACAUGGCCGGAGGAUAUAUUUAGUCUCGGAGCUAUAUUUCGGUCCAAGGCGGAUACUAUGGCUUGAGCAACAGCAACAGACUGACUUCUUUAUACGUGCGCUCGAUGUACAAUUGAAUGAUUUAUAUCUUACAAAUUCUUUUGGUAAUUCUGUACUUUUCGAUGUUUGCUUGAA